AUGUCUCGUUUAAUCGUAAAGGGGUUACCUAAGUAUUACAAUGAAGAAAAGCUCAGAGAGUUCUUUGGUAAGCAGGGAAACGUUACUGACGUUAAACUCAUGAAAAAGAGAAACGGUGAAUCAAGAAGAUUUGCAUUUAUUGGUUAUAAGUCGUUCGAAGAUGCAGAAAAGGCAGCUAAAUAUUUCAACAAAUCAUUCAUAGAUACAGCAAGAAUAGAUGUUGAGAUAGCGAAGACGUUUUCUGAUCCUACGGUACCAAUUUCAUUUAAGGAAAACAGAAGACUCCAAGAGGCAAAGUUGAGAGAACAGGAAGAUAGAUUAAUUCAAGAAGACGAACAAAGAAAUGCCAAAAGACAAAAAGUGAAGGCCAAGUCUUCAUUGGAUGAAGAAAUUGAAAACAACCCUAAAUUGAAGGAAUUCAUGGAAGUCAUGAAACAUUCACACCAAGUCAAGUCGUGGGCAAACGAUGCCGCUGUGGACGGGUCUGGAGCUCCAUCUGCAAAGGCACUUGAAGAGUACUUAGCAAAGCAAGAAGGCGGUGCUAGUGCCCAUACUGGAGCUGUGGAUCUUGAUAAUGAUGUGUUGAGGGCUCCAGAAAGAGAGAGUGACGAUGAAUAUGAAGACUUUGGAAAGCAAAGCGAAGAGCCAGAAGAUGACGAAGAUGAAAAGAUGAUGCCAUUGAAUGAAUUGCCAGUUACCGAAUCAUCAGAAGCUCAAACCGAUCAAGCUACCAUAGGAGAGGACGCUAGUGACCUCGACUGGCUUAAGGCAAGAAGAAGACGUAUGAAAGAUAACGAGGCAGAAGGUGAAGAACAAGUACAAGCACUAGAAGCGGAACAAGAUGUAAGUACCGAGAAUGCUUCUCAGAUAAGUUCCAAUAGGGCUCCAUCAUACCAAUCGAGAGAAAUCCAACAAAGAGAGAAAGAAAUCAAGGAUAUCCAAACAAUUGAAACCAAAAUAGCUGAAACUGGUAGACUUUUCAUCCGUAACAUCCUCUAUACUUCGACCGAAGAAGAAUUUAGAGAAUUAUUCCAAGUAUAUGGUCCCCUUGAAGAAGUCCAUAUCGCAAUCGAUACCCGUACUGGAAAAUCCAAGGGGUUUGUUUACGUUCAGUUUAAGAACAAUGAUGACGCAGUCUCUGCUUUUAGUGCCUUGGAUAAGGAGAUCUUCCAAGGUCGUUUAUUGCACAUCUUACCAGGUGAGAAGAAGAAAGACCAUAGACUUGAUGACUUUGAUUUGAAGAAUUUACCAUUGAAGAAGCAAAAGGAAUUGAGAAAGAAGGCACAAGCUGCCAAGACUCAAUUUAGUUGGAACUCGUUGUACAUGAACCAAGAUGCUGUGUUGUCCUCAGUGGCAGCCAAGAUGGGUGUCUCCAAGUCUGAAUUAAUCGACGCCCAGAGCUCUGAUUCUGCAGUAAAGCAAGCAUUGGCAGAAGCUCACGUUAUCGGUGACGUUAGGAAAUACUUUGAGAGUAAGGGAGUUGAUUUAACUACCUUUGAAAAACAAGAAAGAGAUGAUAAGGUGAUUCUUGUGAAGAACUUCCCAUUCGGUACUACCAUUGAAGAAAUCGGAGAAUUAUUUCAACCAUACGGACAAUUGAAAAGAAUGUUAAUGCCACCAGCAGGUACAAUCGCAAUUGUUGAAUUCAGAGAUUCUCCAAGUGCAAGGGCUGCAUUCACAAAAUUAGCAUACAAGAGAUUCAAGAAGAGCAUUAUUUAUUUGGAGAAGGGACCCAAAGACUUGUUUACAAAGGAACCAACUGCUGAUGAUGUGCCAUCUGCUGAGAAUGUCGACGAUGCCAACAAUGCAGUGGAAGCUAAAGUUACUGCUGCGGAUGCUAUCAGUAAUUCUGUUAACGAUGACGAAGACAGUGAAGUCAUUGAUGGGCCUACAGUUUCAAUAUUCGUCAAGAACUUGAAUUUUGCCUCUACAACUCAACAACUUACAGACCUUUUCAGCCCUUUGACUGGAUUUGUUGUUGCUAACGUGAAAACCAAGGCUGAUCCUAAGAAGCAAGGUUCAUAUCUCAGUAUGGGUUUCGGCUUUGUUGAAUUCAAGACUAAGGAUCAAGCCAAUGUUGCAAUCAAGUCUCUAGAUGGCCAUGUUCUUGAUGGACACAGACUUCAAUUGAAGUUAUCGCAUAGACAAUCAGGAGGUUCCAAUACGUCCAAGAAGCCAGCUGAAAAUAAAUCAAAAUCCAAUAAAAUUAUCAUUAAGAAUUUACCAUUCGAAGCAACAAGAAAAGAUAUUGUUGAAUUAUUCGGAGCAUUCGGUAAUUUGAAAUCUGUCAGAGUUCCAAAGAAAUUCGACAAGUCUGUCAGAGGUUUUGCAUUCGUAGAGUUUACAUUAUUGAAAGAAGCAGAAAAUGCUAUGAACCAAUUGGAAGGUGUGCAUUUGUUAGGAAGAAGAUUGGUUAUGCAAUACGCAGAGCAAGAAUCUGAAGAUGUUGAGGAGCAGAUUACCAAGAUGACCAAUAAGGUGAAAAAGCAAGUUGCAACUACUCAACUUAACGCUGCCAGGUUAGCUGGUAAGGGUAAGAACGACUUGUUGGAAGGUGAAGGAGAUGAGUUUGAUGAAAUUUAG